ACUAAGGAUAUAUUCGAUUCUUUUAAAAGCUUCGAGAAAGCUCUCAAAGAAAUCUUUGGUAACCCUAACGAAGAAUGCAUUACAGCUCAGCAGCUUAUGGAUCUCAGACAGAUCAAGUCGGCUUCUGCUUAUAUAGUCAGAUUCAAGCAACUCUUAGCACAACUUCCGUGA